AUGGACAUACAAGUCGACCUUCGGUUCGAUCGCGUAGACAAGGCGCUGACGAACCUGAUCGACUCGAUCGUCAAGUACAAUACGUCCGCGCAUCAGGGGAAUGAGCUGGUCAUUGCUGACAAUGAGCUCAGCAAAGGAUUGGAAGAUGUACAAAAACACCAACAGAACUACGCGCGCCUCGAGAAUCUUCGCAGCAUCACCAAAUCACUCGACACUCAGAUCAAGGAGACGUUGACUCUGCUGGCGCAAACACGCAAAGAACUCUCCAGCACGACGGCUACUGUCUACCCUAGUGGAUCGCAUUACCCCAUUGACUACAGCGAGCUCCUCACCGUUGCCCGGCGGAUAUCCAGUACCACACUCCCGCGGCAAAGCGUACUCGACAAGUACCGAGCCGAGCAGGCCCAACAAGCCUUAGCAGCAGAGCAAGCCGACAAAGUCCAACAGUCCGGCGGUGCUGAGACAACGGCCACGACACCAGCCAGCACCCCCCAAGCAAACGGCGUAGCUGUCGUCAAUGGCCCGGCAUCCCAGCCGUCGCAAGCAGACCCUUCCUCGCAGCAGAUCACCACCUCCGCCGGGACCAACCUCCCCGAACAUCUCAUCGCGCAUCUGAACCCUCGCGCCAGCGAGGAAUUUAUCCCCUGGCCGUCGGAGCAACACGUUCGCCGCGGCGCGCUAGCCGAACUGGCGCAUCUAGCCGCGCAGGGCAUCGCGGCCGAAGGCUACGACCCCGCCGAGGAAGCGGCGCGGAAGCUGCGCGAAGAGGAAGAGGCCAAGGCGAAGGAGGAGAAGGAACGGCUUGAGCGGGAAGAGGCGGAGCGCAAGAUGAGGGAGCAGAGGGAGAGGGCGAGGAAGGAGGCAGCGGAAAGGGCGGAGAAGGAGGCUGCUAACUGGAGAAGGGGGAGUGUGGUCGGUGGGCCGGCUUCGGCGGGACUGAGUGCAGGAGGUGCGGCAGCGGCGGGGGAGAAGAAGCAAUUUCAAUUUAUGGAUGAUGAUGACGAGAGUGAUUAG